AUGUCCAGGCCACUGAUGCUUCGGCGCAACUUCUCCCUCUUGAACAGGGUCCCUCAUUCUCACAUAGUGCGAUCGGCCGCCCGCCAUGGCCACGACAGCAUCAUAAUCCAGCGAGUGCGUAUACGCCGGCCUUUCUUUAGCAAGACACGUCUCGUUGGCACAGUCGCAGUCACUGCCGCAGCCUACGGCUUUGUCCAGUACUUGGGCUUAGAAAUCGAGGUUGAAGAGGUACAAGAACAAGGCAGAAAAGACGGGUGGGAAGUGGCUGGCUCCGAGGAAGACGGUGAAGAAGAAGAGGACGAUGACGCCAUUCUAUUCUUACCCACGGGCUUCUCGCGACCACGGCCAAGGACAUUCUAUAAAGGUUCGGAUGCAGAGUGGAAGACGUUCAAGGAGAUAGCCAACGACCGUGCAAGAGCGAGUAAGAUACGUAAUGAGUUGGUUAGCAUGGUGCGCAACAAUGCCGAGAAGAAGACACUAUACACUUCCCGCCUUGGCAAGAUUGAUACCUCAAGGGGCAUGUCAUGGGUGGAGAUCCAGUUCCCAAACGGUCCGCCAGUUGAGUACGAGCGCCCAGGCAUCGAGCUCACUGAGAAUCUGCAAUGGCGCAAGGCGACACGCCCGGUUGAAGAUGCCCAUCACCGGCGCCUGGAGAGGGUGCUGUAUCCCAAAGAAGCCACGGAUGCCUUAUACAAAGAUACCACAAGAAAAGCAGAAAAGGCAUGGAAGAACUUCAAAAUCUACAUGGGCUGGGACCAAGAAUCAAAAUCAGAAACCGUCCAGGAACUCUUCCAACGCAUCUCCACAAACCGCCAGCCCACCGGCGAAUCAACAAGCAUAGCCCCAAACACCUUUUCGGCCUCUGCAAAUGAUACCCAGCGACCGGGCGCCUCGCCCUCCCCAGCCCCCGUUGACGGCCCCGCGAGCAUAGGCUUCGAUCUCCCGGACCCAAAAAGCAUGACGCUAGACCUUACUCAAUUCCGCGCCGACUUUGCCAAAACCUAUAGGCCCAUCGUACUGCAACCUCCCCGUGGCGCAUUCAUAGUAAGAGCGCUCAUAGAAAUCUACGGUGACCGCGCCCGCUUGACGCUCAACGUGAGCGCCGUGUACGACCCCAAGCAAGGCCGAUACGUCCAAAUGUCGGUGGUUCCUUGGAACUAUGUCGAGCAUUACCAGCCUCCGCGGGGCGGACCGUGA